GAGUGUUUGAGCAGCCAGGCGGCCAGUGUGCAUCCCAGGACGCAGCAUCAGUGUAGCUGGGGCUCAACUUUCAGCUGAUCGCUUCACUUCGGACACUUUGGGAAACUAACAACAAUGGGCUGCUUUGAGUGCUGCAUCAAAUGUUUAGGCGGGGUGCCGUAUGCGUCGCUGGUGGCUACAAUCCUCUGCUUCUCUGGCGUCGCCCUGUUCUGUGGAUGUGGCCAUGUGGCUCUCACUGGCACCUUGGCCAUCCUGGAAAGCCACUUCUCCAAGGUCACCAGUGAUCAUGCCAUGCUGACUGAUGUAAUACAGCUGAUGCAGUAUGUCAUCUAUGGCAUUGCUUCGUUUUUCUUCCUGUAUGGGAUCAUCCUGCUCGCUGAGGGCUUCUACACAACCAGUGCAGUGAAAGAACUGCACAGCGAGUUCAAGACCACCAUCUGUGGACGCUGCAUCAGUGGAAUGUUUGUGUUCCUCACAUACAUUCUGGGUGUGGCCUGGCUCGGUGUGUUCGGCUUCUCCGCCGUGCCGGUCUUCCUCUUCUACAACAUGUGGUCUACCUGUGCCACCAUGAGGUCUCCCAUGGCCAACCUCACCAACAUUGAUUCCAUCUGUGUGGAUGUUCGUCAGUACGGAAUUAUCCCAUGGAAUGCCACACCUGGCAAGGCCUGUGGAUCUACGCUAGGUGACAUCUGUGACACUAGUGAGUUCUACCUGUCUUAUCACCUAUACAUCGUAGCCUGCGCCGGGGCAGGAGCCACGGUGAUCGCUCUGAUCCACUUCCUCAUGAUUCUCUCAGCAAACUGGGCCUACCUUAAGGAUGCCAGUCAAAUGCAUGCCUACCAAGACAUCAAAAUGAAGGAAGAGCGGGAGCUGCAGGACAUCACGUCACGCUCAAAGGAAUGCCUCAAUUCCUACACAUAAGGAUACACACUCAUAAUCCAUACAAACCCUCCACACACACACACACACACACACACACACACACACACACACACACACACACACACACACACACACACACACACUUCAAGACACACAGACACUGCAGCCAACCACUGUGGCCCCUUUGGUCCAAGACGACGCUCAGCUAAAAUAACCUGCCAUCUGCCCUGACACUGUGCAGUACUAACCAGGCUCCUAACACACUAAUGCAUCAGUGUUGCUUUCUGCACUAACUCACCAAGAAGUGUUUUGGAACUGCUACUAAAAAUUUCAUUCAUGCUUUUUUUUUUUUUUUUUCUAAAAGAAAAACAGGUUUGAAUUCUGAUAUUCACGUAGUGUUUGAUUUUCUCUUGCCCCUUUUUUUAUCUCCAGUGUUUUGCUGGCAAAGCUUGAGACGUUGCCCUAUUCUUAUACAACGCAUAACGAUGACAUGCUGUUCUUCCGUCUUGCUCUGUCUUUCUUCUGAGCUGCGGCGGCCACUUUUCAACAAAGGAAUGUGACAUUUUAUUUGUUUGCUCUUUUUUUCCCAAUCAGAAAUGCAGAUCAAUUAUACACGACAUGAAAGGCCUUACAUUUAAAGUCGGUGUGUCACGUCUAGAUAGCAGCAUGUCAGAAGAACCGUCAAAUUAUAAUGUACUGACACAAGACUGCGUCAGAAGAUUUUUUACUUUAACUUCACAACCCUGUUCUGUUGUAAAAGUUAAACAAUAUUGAACCCAGUGAUAAUAUGUGUUCAUAAUUGGCUCUAGAUUCUAAUUUCCCAUUGUACAGCUAAUUAAAAGUCACUCAGAACAUUCAUGGCCUCCAUUAACACUACCUCAGGUGUGCACUAGAGCCUAUGGAACAAUUUAACUGGAACAAACAUUUGUAAAAUGAUGGUUUUGAAAUCCCCAUCAUAGUCACACACCCCGGGAGCUCCUCAACCUCACAGUAUCUUAGAUUUAACCUUUACAGAUAAUGCCAUGCUUGCUAAAUGUGAACUGUAGCCAAUAAUCAGACAAAAGCAUAUUCAAUAUCUUUAAAGUUUGGACCAUGUAUAUUCAUUAAUGCAAAUGGGAAAAGAUCAAGGCAGCCUUUUAGUUUGUAACAAGUUCAAAUGUUAACUUGUUACAAGUCAGGAUUCUUAGUGCGUUUUUCUUAUUUUGAAAGAUAUAAUUACUUAAUUUUUGUUCUUAAUUUUCUAUUAUUGCACCUGUUUUGAUGUGCAAAUGUCAUAAUGCUGACAUAAUUACUCAUGUAAUCUUUUGUUUCUAUUAGAUGAGUUACUGGUUUCUUUGUUGCAUGAAGACAGCCGUUUCUGCAGUGAUAUGUGAUGUGCAGUCAUGUAUACUGACAUCAGUAGUAGGCAGUGUUUGCCUGUUUCCUUUUUAUUCUGCAUACAAAUUAAUCCAUUUUUAUGUAUAAUUAGUUAUAGUGCUUCCUUUUUCUUCAAGUGAAGGUAUAUGAGUCUUAUAUUAUUUUGUUGCCUCAUAGUAUACCUGUAUUUUCUAUGAAUGUCAAGGGCUUCCUCGUGAAUUGCUGAUGCUGAACUUUUAAUUCACCUUUCAAAUAACAAUUAGUUGCAACACCAGUCAUUUAUAAAAUUGUACGGCAACCUAAAUGGUAAAUUUAGCCAAAGUAUGAAUGCCAUUGAGUUUUACUCAGUAUCUGGGAGAUGUUGGUGGACAGAACCUGCAUAGUUCUCUGCAGGACUAAUAGCCACAGGUGCACAGUGGCCAAGGAGAAAGAAGUGAGAUGUACAUGAAGCGAAUGUACAUCUCAUCUUCGUGUGCUGUGUUUCCUGUUGAAUAAACCAAAAACUAAAGAAUAAAGGCUACCUAUCAAUCACCAGGAGGACAACAAUCCAGCAUCCUGUCUGACUGAAAACCCCUUCAUGACAUUACUCAACUGGCCUGUUGACUGUUUUUAUGAAUAAAAAAAUAAAAAUA